AGGGCGCUUUCCUCCUACCUCCUCCAUGCGUUUUUUAGGGUUUAGGGUUUGAACUCUGAAGAGCUAAACAGUUCAACAGCAAGAGGAGCAUUCUCGUAGGCGGAGAUGAGACCGUUGGACGAGGCUGAGACAACUGCAGUGUUCGAAAAGCUCUUCAAAUUCGUCGGAAACAACCUCAAGAACAUCGUUGAAAAUCCCUCCCAUGAAGGUCCCGAUUCCAACCCUGGCCGCUAUUGCUUCCGCCUCAACAAGAACAAAAUCUACUAUGUCAGCGAAUCCCUCGUCAAGCGGGCGACCAAUAUAGCCCGACCGAAUCUCGUUUCUCUCGGCACUUGCAUCGGCAAAUACACUCACGGAGGUAAUUUUCAUCUCACAGUUCAGGCCCUGAACUUGUUGGCUGCUAAUGCUAAGCACAAGGUCUGGCUCAAACCCCAGUCUGAGAUGUCUUUCUUGUACGGGAAUCAUGUUUUGAAGAGUGCUUUGGGAAGGAUUACAGAGAGCAUUUCGCCUGGUGAUGGGGUUGUGGUGUUUUCCAUGUCUGAUGUGCCGUUGGGUUUUGGUGUGGCUGCUAAGUCCACGCAGGAUUGCAGGAAAUUGGACCCUAAUGGUAUUGUGGUGCUUCACCAGGCCGAUAUUGGUGAGUAUUUGAGGAUGGAGGAUGAGCUUUGAAAGUUUUUUUUUUUUUUGGGCAAUAGUAUUGGUGUUAGAAAGAGGGGCAUAACUGUUAUAAUUUUUGUGAGUGUCUUAUCCAAUUCGGGUCACUGAGUUUUUGAUUCAACUAGGAACUUGUGUAUUACACUGAGAACUCUGUUUUGUUGAAUACUGCAGUGACUAUAACCAUAUUCGUCUUCCCCUCGACUAUGUUAGUGCCUGCAAUGUCGUUUUACUUGUAUGAAUUCAAUUACUUGUCUUUUCUAUGUUAAGGAUUUUUGGAAUCAUUAUGCUUUCUACAUCUACAUUUUACAUUGAAAGCCCCUGAAUGUUUCUGCUCCUCAAGAGCAAGGAAGACAAUGCAUUGCGGAUUCCAGCUGAGGCA